AUGGUUAAGGUGCAAGAUAGCGAGAACACAUCAAUUCCAGACGUCGUGGACAAUACUGAAUGUCCUUGCAACGGACUUUCCCCAGAGCAGCAAGAAAAGCUGGACGCACUGUUGAACAAGCAUGCUUCCGUAUUUUCAAAGUCAGACGAUGACAUUGGCUACACGGAGACGGUAAACACAAAAUUAGGACGGAGGAUGACAUCCCGGUUACGCAACCCUACAGACGAAUUCCCCCAAAUCAAUACCAAGAGGUGAAGGAACACAUUCAGAAAUUACUUGAUAGCUCAGUCAUUCGCGAAAGUCACAGCCCUUAUGCAUCUCCUAUUGUGUUAGUGAGAAAGAAGAACGGCUCCCUUCGCCUGUGCGUUGAUUAUCGAAAGCUCAACUUAAGAACGCAAAAGGACUCAUUCCCUUUACCCCGGAUAGACGAGUCACUUGAUGCUCUAAAUGGUGCACAGUGGUUUACAACAUUAGAUCUUGCAAGCGGUUUUAAUCAGGUCGCAGUCGAAGAGGAAGACAAACCGAAGACCGCAUUCACUACCCCGUUUGGACUGUUUGAAUAUAAUCGAAUGCCGUUUGGCCUCUGUGGUGCCCCUGCAACGUUUCAGCGACUGAUGCAAAGCUGCCUUCACGACCAGAUCUAUCAACUGUUGUUGGUUUACCUCGAUGACGUUAUUGUUUUCUCAAAAACAUUUGACGAACACUUGGGAAGACUGGAAAAAGUUUUAACGAGGCUAGCGCAACAUGGGUUAAAGAUAAAGCGAGAGAAAUGCAGUUUUCUUAGAAAAGAAGUUUCGUAUCUGGGAUAUGUGGUUUCAUCUGACGGUGUCUCGACUGACCCUGACAAAAUAUCCGUGGUGAAAAAUUGGCCGGUACCCAAGACCGUGAAAGAACUUCGUUCGUUUCUUGGAUUCGCUAGCUACUAUCGUCGCUUCGUAAAAGAUUUCUCCAAGGUCGCUGACCCACUGCACGAAUUACAGAACCGGUGUUUACACGAACUGAAACUAAAGAAACAUCUGUUAGUACCCUUCCCAAAGCGUUGGAAAAUUGUUCAUCAACAAGCCUUCGAUAGGCUUAAGCAUUUGUUGACAACUGCGCCAGUAUUGGGAUAUGCAGACUUCUCGCAACCAUUCAUACUCGAGACUGAUGCUAGCCACCAAGGACUUGGUGCGGUUCUUUCCCAAGAACUUCAAGGAAAGAGACGUGUUAUUGCGUACGCAAGUAGACGACUAAGACCAACUGAACGCAAUAUGGACAAUUAUAGCUCCAUGAAGUUAGAAAUGUUGGCUUUGAAAUAGGCCGUAACCGACAAGUUCCGCAGUUAUCUGUUAGGAAGCAACUUCACCGUUUAUACUGACAAUAAUCCCCUGAAAUAUCUUCAAACGGCAAAACUUGGAGCAGUAGAACAACGAUGGGCUUCGCAGUUGGCAUCUUUCAAAUUUGACAUUGUUUAUCGCUCGGGAAAAUCGAAUGCUAAUGCCGACGCAUUAUCACGCCUCCCUCACCAUGAUUGCCCAGACAAACUUUCGUCGGUGGUGGAAGUAACGAAUACCUUGGCUCAUUCCUCCAAUACAACAGCCUUUCCACCCCACCUGGCUACUGCCACUUUGGAAAAAAGUGCAAACAUAACCCUUGAAGGUCCUCAGCAAACGUAUGUGGCAAACAACGCUAUCAACACAGAACAUAACGUACCUAAUUCAGGAACGAAGUCAUUUCCAAGUUACUCCAAGUCCGAGUUAAUGCAGAUGCAACAAAGUGAUCCAACGAUAAGCGCAUUCCUGAAAUUUUGGACAGUUGGUAGGAAACCCGAUGCAAAGGAGAAGAAAGAUCUCACUAUUGGUACCCGUGUCUUGUUACAGCAAUGGAAACGGUUAGAACUGAAGGACGGAGUAUUGUACCGAACGAUUAUUGAUCCACAACAGCAGGAGGUACGACAGUUGGUGCUACCUGAGAUUCUAAAGGAGAGAGUAAUUCGCAGUCUUCACAACGACAUGGGACAUCAGGGCUUAGAGAGAACUAUUCUUCUAGCUAGAUCUCGAUGCUACUGGCCAGGUAUGUACACAGAUGUCGAGAAAUGGAUCAAGUCUUGUGAACGAUGUGUUUUGUCCAAGAUGCCACAACCGCGUAUUCGAACACCAAUGGGGCACCUUAUUACCGAAAAACCCCUGUCAGUUCUUGCCAUUGAUUUUACGUUGUUGGAACGUUCGAGUGAUGGAAAAGAAAAUGUACUGGUAAUGACUGACGUUUUCACUAAGUUUUCGUUAGCAGUACCCACGAAAGAUCAAAAAGCAUCCACAGUUGCCAAAGUGCUUGUCAAGGAGUGGUUUCAAAAGUAUGGCACACCGGAACGGAUCCAUUCGGACCAAGGCAGGAAUUUCGAGAGUGCAAUCAUUCAGGAACUGUGUCGAAUUUAUGGUAUAAAGAAGAGCCGCACAACACCUUACCACCCACAAGGCAACGCACAAUGUGAAAGGUUUAACCGCACACUUCAUGAUUUGCUUAAGAGCUUGCCUCCUCAAAAGAAACGUCGAUGGACCGAGUACCUUCCUGAGCUACUGUAUGCCUACAACUGUACCCCGCAUGGUACAACCGGUUACAGCCCAUAUCAUCUUCUUUUCGGGAGAUCACCAAGGUUACCAGUUGACUUACUCCUCGGAGAAGAAGAGGAUGAACCUCAGAAACAGUCUGCGAAUGAGUGGCUUACUAAACAUCAAACCCGCCUACGGUACGGUUGGGAAAAAGCAGGGGAGCAUAUACGCGAGUCAGCAGAGAAGAGAAAGCAAAGAAACGAUUCAAAGGUGUAUGCGCCAGAUAUCAAAGUUGGGGAGUUAGUUUACCUACGAAAAAGAGUUUUGGGGCGAAACAAGAUCCAAGAUGCAUGGGAACCUACCAUGUUUACCGUGACUGAAGUACCGACCAAAGAUGGCGGACCAUAUACUGUCGUACCCUAUAGUGGUCGAGGUGCCCCAAAGAAGGUCAGUCGUGUUGAACUACAACCAUGCCCCAUGAAGAGUGACCCUCCUCAACCGAUACAACCAACGACGAUUAAAUGCGUUCCCAACCGAGCCAUUCAUGAAGAUACGUCCUCAACUGACACCGAAUCGGAGUUUAUGUUGCUCGUUAAUACCCCUUCGUCACCCAGAAAGCAUCACAUAUCCACUUCCAAAGACGAACAAAUUCAAGCAACUCCAGACAAUGAUCCAGCAACAACACUCCGAAGAUCGAAACGGAUAGCGGCGAAAAGACAGAACACUCAUCAAAGCAAAUCAAAUCCAACAUGCAAUCAACUGAUGGUAUCGUACCGAGACUUUAAUGUUUAUGUCCUAGUUAUAUGUGUGCUUAUAACUGGCAUUUCCGUGAUCUCUGCAGUUAUAUAGUUAGGUCGAGGACGACACCUUGUUAGCAGGGGAGAGUGUGGCCAGGUUGAAUAAACUGUAGAGAGACUCAGAGACACCUUAAUAGUUGUUGUUAGUUAACUUCCUGUUAUGAUCACUUCCUGUGACGUCAUGAACACGCCAUGCUGCAAAAUGCAGUUGAACAAAUAUAAAAGCUAUUUCAAUUUUCAAAAGAUAUUAUUCAGUAUUUUAUCGUCAAAGAAACAUUUAUAUCGAAGAAAAGAACAACAGUAAAAGGGAAUUAACAUUCUCGGGCAGUUGCCCGGUAAGUUAACGUUAUUAUCCAGUAAUUAUAGAAGUAUUGCUGUCUUAUAAUCAUGUUAAAGGUAUAAAAAUAUACGCAUGAAUAUAUUAAUCGUAAUAGCUGUUGAAGUAUGGUCAUUUUGAGUAAUUUAUGUAAAUAGUUCUUUAGAACGGUGCAUGAUUUGCCUUCAGUUUGACAUUAUAGACGGAGAUAUUUAUGGUUUCAUCAACUUUUGGGAGAUAUAUUACUUUGUAUUUGAUAAAUCGGAAUGUUUAUUGUAGGAUACAGGAAGUGUGUAUUUUAAUAUUUUGUUUACUUAGUUAUAUUGAUUAACUUUUAUAGCUUGUAACCGUCGCCCUCGUAUUUUGGGGUACAUGUUCAAAAGAAAAAAGAAAAUUAUAAACAGUUUUCACGAAUCUAUUACGUCCCGGUCACAUAUAUAUCGUUGUCACAGUAUACCAUAAUGCAAUGCGCCAAUAUGAUGUGUUACAAGAAACAGUACAGAUAUACAUAGAGCUCACUGGAAACAGUAAACACGCACGCUUCGUGUUGUAUAUUCUAUCUUCAAAGAUGAGCAAUCAAGCUUGGAAGAAUUUUUGAAUUAAACAAAAUGUGAAGGAUAAGCGAAUGGCAAAAGGAAGGAAAAAAGAAAGAUCGGCUGUUUUAAAGACUGGUGAACUUAUGGUUCAGCCGCUGAGUUCAACCGUGUCAGGAAAGGCUCAAAAAUACUCGAGAGUAUAUGACCAAGAUAAUUUGUCUCCUUUCCGCACUAAGAAAUGACGAUACAACAUAUCCAUUACCAGAAAUGCUGGACAUUUUGCGGCUGCGUUUUGUCACCGGAUAAUCGCUUCAUAAUUAAUUUAGAAAACAAGAUGGCCACUCGAUCUUUGGGGAAAGGCUCUGUACUUUGCAGUUUUUUUUCAUAAUUCAGUUAUGUUCGGUGGAUAUCAUUUUUGACGAAAAUAAGAAAUUAAAAAAACAAGACCGCGAACUGUCGGGAUAACCGCAGCAAAGGUCAAGGAAUCCCCACACAAAACAAAAUCUCAUUCAAUAAAUCCCUAUGUUGCCUUACAUAACUGAGAGGAGGUUCAGAAUUAAACUUUAUUUUCCAAUCUAAUAUUCUCUUUUUAUAAUCUUCCAGAACCAAUGACAUCUUUAAUAUUUUCCGCGAAUAUAUUUUGAAAUGCCCGCCAAAUUUAUGCACGUAUAAAUUACUGGUUCAAACGCGAAAGAGACUUCACACGAUCACUCAAAUCUCUCUUUUUUGCGCAGUAAGAGACUAGGAACGAUUGUGAAU